GCCUUCACCAAGUCCCUACCGCCUGGAGAGCAUCGAGUGUUGAUCGUGGCUCUUUCGCCCCAACGGCCGGGCCCCGUGUCUCUCCCAUAUUCUGGGUGGAGGGACUCAUCGUUCGGCUCACCCUUCGCCAUACAGACAGCUCGUACGACGUAUAGCAAAACACGACUAGAUACUCGCCUGCUCGGCAUUUCUGUACCUAUCUACUUAGAGUGAAUGGACCGGGUUGCAACAGUAAGAGACCUGUAGAGAACAUACAGAAGAAGGAAAGAAAAAGAAAAUUAGUUCUUUAUUUGCCACUCACGAAGUAAUUACCGCUCUACAAUUGUUGAAGCAGGAAACGUUUUAUUUUCGGAAGUCUAUGUACCAGUCGCACGAAGCGUAAUGUAACGAAGUAUGAAAGUCGGAAAUUUUCAUAAUUUCCCUAAAAAAUGUUCUCGCGCUAAGAAAAUUUGUGCUGCACACGAUAAGACGGCAGAAAUUGUUUUCUCUUGUUGUCACACAAACAACAGAAAAAAACAACGAACAAAAUUGUAAACAGCACAGAACAAAUGAAGCACGUGUAAAAAGAGUGGAGGUAUGUAUUGGCAUCCCGCGAGAACAACGUGUGUAGAAUAGAUUUUGCCCCCCGCAGUGACAGUGACGUGUCUGCAGCUGGACGCUCUAUGUACGCUGGCACUGUUGUACAGUUACAGCAGUAAUUUCCUAUUUUCGGUUGUCAGGUGGUCGACGGGUUGGUUCCGGCCAACGAACAGCCGCGACACCACCAUAGACAAGAAUGCUGAGCAGAACGCGGUGUCACAGCAGGAGCGGCAGCAGCGCACGAGAAAAGCGCCCGGUAUAGUGAGAGGAGCCAAACAGCAUGGCCCUUAACCACUGACAGUGCUCCGACCCCUCCGAUAGUAAUCUUAAGGCCCUCUCCGUCUUCCGACACCUGAUGUUUUCGGUGUCGUCUGUAAGCAGCCGAAGCCAAAACGAGGCGUGACCGCCUUCGUGUGUCUAUUGUGCACCGAUCAUUACGUCGAAAAAAUAAGAAGCGCCGAAUCGUACAUGCCAACUGCACGAAACGGAAGCUGCUAUUAUGUACGUUCACCAUUGCUACUAGCAGUCACUUCUGGGCGACACACUGUCUACCAGUCGCGUGCCCGCUUCGUUGGCCUAGUUUAUUGCUCUGACAGUUGUCCAGCUCUAUUAUCAAUUUCAGAGCUUUUGUUGUAUUGUGCUGCAGUGCCAAGUGACGUAGGAAGUCUAGUAUCGACGACCUCGAUCUAUACAUACACACCUAUAUAUAUAUAUAUAUAUGAAAAAAUUAUCACGAUAUCUGAAAGAGUCUAAUAUUACAAAGAAAGAAAAACGAGAGACAUAAAAAAAUACCAACACAUUUAUUGCUAUCGUUGUUAUGAGAAAAUGAUCUAUGUUCUUUACUAGAUUUUAGACUAGUCCAAGUACUAUAGACAACUUAGGCAGCAACAAACAUUGGCCAGUUGUAGCAACAACGCGAUUUAAUCAAGCAGAAGAAAAAAGUGUAUCUCUCUUCUAGAUUGACUGCUUUCUUUCAUACGGUAGCAAAAUCCUUUGAAUUUCAAGCCAUCCAUUCGAAUAAGUCUGUAUGACGCCUGCGUGCAAAUACGUAAUGUUUAUGUGUACGUAUUACAACUAGACCAAACUAGUAGUUUAAGGCGCCCGUCUCGGACCAUCCAUAACAACAAGGAAGUGCACGACCACUGCGGAGAUUGAGUUUUAACAUUUCUACAAUUCUGCGAAUCUUAGCGUAGCCACAAUGACCUCAGAUUAAAAAAUCAAUCGUCCAUGUUACGAUACAGUGUGUAGUGUAUAGCUGAAGCAACAAGGAGUACAAGUACCAUAGCAACAUCAGAUCAUAUUGGAAGGUGCCAAACAUCUUGUGCUUCUUUGCGUAUUUUUGGCCACAAAGGCCAGCUGUGACCCAGGUUGUGAACCUUUACCCAUCCGAAGACAUAUCAUUACUAACGACUCAGUCAUAGUCCAAGAACAUUGUGAUAGCCAUCUUGCGGCUGCAGAUACAUAUCACAUACAGGGCAGCAGAAGCGAAGGAACGCAAACAGGAACUUUGAAGAUGGAUACCUUGGACAUUGGAACACCUUCAACAUCAACGUUCGGUGCAGAUAAUAAAAAGAAACUGAUUUAGAUAACUAACAUGUUCUAGUACUAUCGAUAAUAUAUAAUUGGCUCGCGCAGCGAAGACGUAGGCAAAAAGGCCCAGUGAAGGAAAUCUGCAUAAUUAACAUUGUUGCAUUUUUCGCCCAACAACCUUUGCCCAAUCGUACCAGUGGGAGCCACCGUUUGCAGUGACUAUACCGCUUAGCAGGCUUAAUUGGGUCUCAUUGCCAAAAAAACACGCUAAACAGAAACGAGCCUUUGCUUCACGUUAGCUAGCAUAGCCCAGCGAACCGGAGUUAAGGGAUAGCAAUGGUUUCGGCUGUAGACUGAUCACAUAUACCAUACACCUGAAUCGCAUGGAGAUACAUUGUUUGUGGUCACUGAAUACACACAGAAACAAGCAACGACACUUGAGAUUUUGUGAAAAUUUACACCAAAAUUAACACCAACUGGCACAUUCUAUCUAGAUUCUGUCUAUUGUUUAAGCCGCAUAAUUCAAACGGGAAGUUAAUUAACCUUUUGCGAUCAAGACCACAAGCCAGAUCUUAGAGGAAAAGUUAUUAGUGUUUACUCAAAAGAAAAUAGAAUACAAAGUAGAAGAGCAAGCCGCCGAUCAACAAUCAAGAUGAUCUCGGCAAUGCCAGCGGUGGCCUUGCGCCGCGAAAAGAAGCGGAGCAAACCAGGCCUAGCGAGGGCCAGUUCCGCUGCUUCAUUUGGAGGCCAGGCCAAGGACGUCGCAAGCCAAGGAGACGCAAACAGAGCGCCGUCCGUUUCCACGCUCGACAUACCACAACGCAUUGUCAGAUUCAAGUCACGGGAGCAGGAACAACGGGAAAAACUGUUUAUGUAUUGCGGCACCCUGUGUCUUGUCACAGGUCUGUUUUUGCUGUUUAUUGGCGUAGGUGUUCAAGUGACGCCUACACGAACCGUGGGGUUACUUUUCAUCGCGUUGGGCGCCUUCCUAUGCUUCCUCAAACUUGUUAUAACACCGGAAGAGCCGCGGCGCGCUGCGCCUCUUCGCCGUCAUCGUCUGCUUGGCUCCAAUGAUUCUCUCUAUAAUCUCGCCCUGCCAGGGGUGACGGUUCAGGAUGGAGAGACGGAGAUCGCAGCGUCGAAGCAAACAAACAGGAAGGGACGUCGCGUCAAGGACAACAACGGCUCACAGAAAGCAGACCACGUUAAGGACAGAAAUAGCGGAUACAAGGAGACAACACAGGGUUACCGUGACCAAGGUGAACCUGGGGCAGCCGUCGGCGGUUACCAUCAAUGCCACCAUCAGGAGGGUCGUUCACAUCUAAUUAUCCAACAACAACAAACGGAGUGUAAACCGUGUGUGGAUGAUGCUGAAAGAGAUUACAAUUUUCAAGUGGGGCAGUGCUAUCAGCUGUUCAUCUUAGCUCGACUUCGAACCCGGACAUGGAUAGACUUCGUCUGCGAGUCAGCCAGCCGUUUAAUGGAACUGGGUCUAACAGCUCGAAGCAUAGAGAUGUGCGAUGGUAUGGUCAAGUGAAUUCUGGGUCUCCAUGAAUAAUGGCAAACACACUAUUUAAAAUAAUGGAAUGAGUUUACGCUAAUGGUCACCUCAGCAAUGAAUGUGCCAUAGCGGAAGAUAUGACACAUGGCGUAACAAAAUGAGAUGAUGGUUGAGCUGUAAUCUGUCAAUUUUCCGUGGCAUGAGUUUACUCGGAAAGAAAUCUCUAGGAAAAACACUUGUCUACCAAAUGUAUCCAGUUUCUGUAGCUUAGUUACAUAUCGCUAGCGUCCUAAUGUAAAAUACAUAAUAGUAGUCAGGCUACAGAAGGCUUGUCCUCUUUUAGAAAAAAAGUUCUUGCGUCCACAGUUCAUUGUGCAGGGAAGGUCACGCUUUCCCAGAAUGUUGUGUACGGCUUCUUAUCAUGGCAGCGGGAGCAGUAAUAGUCGUCACGGCUGCUGUCGCCUGUUCAUGUUGGCAAAAUCAAAGUUCUGGUAUAAAUAAGCAUUGCCCAUCAUUAACAAUGUCGAUACGUGCUACACUGUUUGCUUGUCAACAAAGUAUUGAUCCAUUUUCCAGCUUUUGAGUCACAUAGCUAAAUCACACGAUCGGCGUUGGUGUCAUCUGGUUUGGGCAGUAAUACUAGACGUAUUGAAAUGGUUAAGGUGUCUAUACUUAGAUUUAAAGUUCCUUGAGGAUAAUUGAAAUUUCUGCAAAAAUGUUCUAUACUUUACAGCUUAUUACGAUAAAGGCACAAAUACUAUCUAGGUCCAUGAAAUUGUUCUUCAUGGUCAAUAUGGAAUAGACGGUCGAAUAGAAAUAAAAGAAGAUUCUGCCGAUUUAGUUCUGUAGAUCUCGACCUAAGCAAAAAAAAGUUAAUGAAAUUAUGGCAAAAGUGAGCUACACCGAUAUUGGAAUGGCGGUCAUAUCGCAAAGGAACUGUCUGAAGCCGGUUGAACAAAAUUGGCCAUUAAAAAAAACUUCGUGUUCAAAAAUUAAAUUGGCGUAAAAAAUGUAUUCGACCCUAUUUCCGUUUGUCAUCUAUAAAGUACCAAGUAAUCUAUAAAGCGGUUGAUCACGACUAAUAAAAAGUGGAUUACAUACGACAAUAAUGUCUGAACUAGAAAAAAACGUUAAUAAAUAAGUGUGCUCCACAAUUUAUGGCAAAACCGACGCCGGAAAAGGUGCAGCUAUGUAUUUGGUGAAACUAAAGGUCGCUGCCGUGUGACGAAACGAUUGAUUUGAAUCGCUACUGUCAUCAUUGACAGUGACAGAUCGGCAGCGUCGUCUUCCAUCAUAACAGCGCCAGAUCACAUAAAGCAUUUUUAGCUAGUCGGUAAAAAUUGAGAGAAGCUGGACGACAAUUUCAAUACAUCCGCCCGGACCUUGUAUCAUCAGACUAUCACCAUUAAUAAUGUUCAUUUAGUUCCAUUGAAAGUACGUAAAAAUUGUUUGUUACAAUCGUUCAACCAAAACAAACACAAAUGGAACUUUAUGGUUAUAAAGUUCCAUUUGUGUUAUGGUUUCAACGGAAAAAUUACAGACGGUUAUAUUAGAACGGCGCAUAAAGAGUUAAGUAAUAACAUUUUGAAAUAUUAAAAGAAAUAUUUGCUUAAAAGCGGUCAAUACGUCUUCGAUAAGCUGACGCCAGCACCAGCAAGAAGUAAGCAGCCAGCGUCAAGAAACCGUGGACACUGACGUGGGCGCAUUUUAUGCACGUACGCACUACGGCAAAAAAACGAGUACGCGUGAUCUCGUCUUGUCGUGCAUGUUUAAAUGCUAGAGCCACAAAGUACCUUAGCUAGAGUUUGCCAACCCGUUGAAGGAAUAUCCGUUACCACCUGAAGCUUUACUAGGGGCUCGUCCUCUCCAAACGUAACGAAUUACUGCUACUCAGAAAUGUUUUGCUAGGGCAGAAAUUGAAAAGGCAAACCAUGAACAAGUUGGACAGCGUGCCGCUCUCCUUAUCGUUAGUACAUUCGAACAUAAACAAGGGAUGAGCGUCUGAACAACUGCCAUUCUUUACAUCCCAUAUACAAUGCGAUCGCAGCGUCUGCGUAGGAAAGACAGGAGAUGAUGUACUCGAAACAGACGUAUUGACUCUGUACUAUCGUCGCGAAAUGCCAUCGAAGCUAAUGACUAAAAACAAAGCCAAACUUGAUAUUAUAAAGAUAGCAAUGAAGUGAUCGAUCAAGAGCAAGCCUUGACCUGGCUCCAUAUGUCCGCUCUACGCAGUCGCGUAUAUAUACAUAUAUAUAUAUAUCAACGAUAUAUGACAGAUUCUAUCUUGUACUUGAGGAGGUGACGUUACUCUCCAGGUGUCGACACGUGUAGCACUUUGACUCUUUGUAUGGCCGCGAAGUUACAGACCGUGAAUGCUAGCUUGCACCAGAAAGGCAAUGGCGGUCGUUUGAAGAAGAAAGUACGAAAACGUUAUACGAUUGCCACUCCUUCCUGAGUUAUUAUUAUAUAUAUAAGUCAGGAGAAAUACUGACGAACACCAAUCUGUA